AUGCGACUAGAAAUAGACAAGAGUGUUUGUCAAGGCAAUCAUGUUCUGGUGAGUCGGUUUGUGUCCAAAUUGGAACAGACAGCACCGGUGCCCAUAUCAACUCUGCACAAGAUGAGGGUAGGCGUACAUAAUCAACAGCCAGAGCGUCGCAUGCCACUAGUGGAUGCGGAGCUCAGACGACAAUAUGAGCAAGCGAUCAAUGAUUGUGGUGAUGAUGAGGAGGACAAUCGCAUACAAAUUAGUCUGUACAUUAGUGAGCUAGAGCUCAUGCGUUCCCGUUUAGGAGAUCAGAUAAAUGAACCGUCUCUUACGAAAUUACUCAAGACUUCGGAAUUUCCCAAGGUGCCUAAGGAUAGUUUCUUUAGACUGGAAAACUGUGAAGAUAUCAUAGAGUUCACUACACAAAGUAGUGAUCUGUUCUUAGCUACGUCAAUGCCAUUGUGUCAGUAUCCAGCGCUAGUGAGAAGACUAUUAGAUUCAACUGAUGCAACGGAGAAAACUAAAGCAGUACUCAAUAACAUAAGAGACUCUGAGACACAAACGACUAGGCACUUCACUGAUCCUGAAUCACACCCAGUAGACUAUCUAUUGGAGAAGUUUCUCAAUGCUAUGCAGUAUAAGAAGAUGAACGUCGAAGUGCGCACAGAGCGUGUGCACAAGACAAUGGCGAUGUUAGAGGAGCGUUACCGCAACUCAGACAACGAACCCGUAAACUUCCAAAUCCUCAAAGUACAAAGGUACCUAGCACUUAAGUACUAUGGACUACAAUCAGUUGUGGAUCUCCGAAUCCAAGGAAACAAGCAACCUGAUGGAAGUGAAGGACACCUGUCUGACAUAGAACAUACCAAGUUUCAUACUAUGACGGAGACACACAUAAGAACGGCGUCUGUGACACAACGAGAGCGUAUGUUGAGAGAUCAGGCGCGAGCUGCAAAUAAGCGCAACAACACACAGACGAACACGCAAGUGGAGAAUAAGUCCACGAACGCCAACAAACGUCGCAAGACAGACAAUGGUGCACACAACCAGAACAGGCAAAGGGGGCAGACACAGAAAAAGAAAGGAGCACGUGAAGAGCGUACAUGCCCCUAUUGUCAAGUAAUGCCAUCCCCACAUCGGUACAGCGAAUGUCCCGAGAAGAAAGCAAAUCAAGCCAAGAAGGCUUAG